UUCGAUCAGUUUCAGUCGCUUGCAAAUUUUCACUAAAAAAAAAAAAAAAAAACCUAAACCUCGCAAAUCUCCGUAGAUCUUCAUCGUCGCAGAUCCAGCUUGGAUGGCGUUGGCGUGCAAAGGAGAAGCUCAAGGAAGAUCUUCAUCCAUCUCCGCCGGCGUUGCAAACCCGUGGCUUCAUCGUGGCUCUUAUUGCUUCAUGUACAUGGGUUCUUGUCGUUCCUGCUUCAUCUUCAUUUGAUUUUUGGAUUUGAGAUUUUCUUGGUACGUCGAAACUCAUCGUUAAAACCGUGUACGUCAAAUAUUAUGACGACCUCGUUUACGUCAACACGAAUAAUUCAAGCCGCAAAAGGCACCACAUCCCAGGAUAAUCCGGACGCGGCACUCGCAGAGCCAGUCCAAAAAUAUUAAUUAGCCCAAUUUAUUUGAUUUUAAUUUCUUCGCCGCGUGACGCUGUGGUUCGAGCCUUCGAAGCGACCUCAUUCUCGAAACGCGAAGCAGCCGAUAUGGAAUGUGAAUCACAUGGUCGAGGCACCCGCACAACAUGUAGGCCUUUUGACUUUGAUCCACGCUUUUAAAUUCUGCCCAUUAAGCACGCCGGCCACUCUCUGUAUAUUUGUAUUCGUUGCUUCCAUCCCCAAUCAUUACCACUGAGGACGAAGGAGAAGAUUAUCGAAAUGGGAAGCGAAGGUGACGUUGGAAUGAUCGCCGGCAGGAAGCCUAGAAUACUGUGCCUUCACGGCUUCAGAACGAGCGCAGAAAUUCUCAAGAAACAGAUAUACAGGUGGCCGGAAUCCCUACUCCAGAAGCUGGAUCUGGUUUUUGCCGAUGCUCCCUUUCCCAGCAAGGGCAAAUCCGACGUCGAAGGCAUCUUCGACCCUCCUUAUUACGAGUGGUUCCAGUUCAACAAGGAAUUUACAGAGUACACGAACUUUGAUGAAUGCCUAAAAUAUAUAGAGGAUUUCAUGAUCGGGUACGGGCCGUUUGAUGGUCUCCUCGGUUUCUCUCAGGGGGCGAUAUUGUCAGGUGGGCUGCUGGGUCUUCAGGAGAAGGGUGUGGCACUGAGCAAGGUUCCGAAAGUGAAAUUCUUGAUAAUCAUAGGAGGGGCUAAGUUCAGGGCACCUUGGGUGGCUGAGAAAGCAUAUUCCUCACCAAUUUCGUGCCCCUCCCUCCACUUUCUAGGGGAGACAGACUUUUUGAGACCAUAUGGGGUCGAGCUGAUAGAAUCAUGCGUUGAACCAGUGGUGAUUAAGCAUCCUAAAGGCCACACAAUACCAAGGAUAGAUGAUGAUAAUUUGAAGACCGCGACAAGGUUCAUCGAAAGAGUUCAAAAGCUAUGCGAGAACCAGAAAUAAAUUUAGAUCGGCUAACGUGCACACCAGAACCUUGUUAUCUUUUUUUGUUAAUUUCUUGGUUCUAUGUCUCUGUCUAUCUCUGAACACAAACCACACGCAUUUUUUAUUGUCAAAAGUUAAUGGUGCCAUUUAUUUGUGCAAAUUAAACUGAAUAAUAAAUCCAGAUAAAGAAUUAUUUAUUAUUAAA